CUCUCUUUACCUUCCUCUCUUUCCUUAUCGCACUUUCUCUCUACUUCUUUUCUUUUAGUUAGUGACUUAUGCUGGAAACCGAUAUGGCAAUUACGCCAGAUCUUAUACCCUCCACUACACCCGACUCAAUGCAAACCGGAAGUAGCCCACCUACUCGACAACCAAAGUUCAUGUCCAAGGUUUCACAAUUAUUUAAUCGUAAAUCCACUCAAGCAGAUGGAAAGCUGGCAAGCAUCGAUGAUGAAGGAAUUCAGACAACUACCAUAACGGCAACUGAACAACAACAACAACAACAGAACUAUCGCCGUCGUCGCACCAAAUCCGGAAGUUCCAAUGCAGAUUCAGCCAUCUCCAAGAUUGAUUCUAUGUUUUCAGUGGAAUCAAGGGUAUCCUCGGAACAUCCUGAUUUCAAUGCUAUUGCUAUUGAAAAUAAGUUGGGCUCACGUACAGUUCAUAUCGGGGCGGUUCGUCAAACUCGAGGAGAAGGGUCCGGUUCUCAGCAAAGUGAUCGGGAUUUGAACGAGGCUUUUGAAAAUUUAAUGAAAGAAUAUGCUUUGCCGCCGAAUUUGCGCCCGAGCUUGGAACAUCUUACCAGGGAACAAAAGUCGACACUGUUAAGAUCAUCUCAGUUGGCGAGGAAGAGCAGUGCUUUAUCCUUGACCGCACCUUUUGCAACACUACGGAAAUCAAAGCAGCUCUUAUUACCCGGAACGGUUAGAGACGCUCAGGGCCGUCAUCAAGUUCAACGACGUCGGCCCACUCAUGCUUACGCUACUCAUGCUCGUGCGCCACAAGGCGUUGGUGCUCACAUACUCAGUGGUAAAGCAAAGUCUCCACGAUAUUUUGCUGACCUUCUUAUGCACUCUACUUGCCGAGAUCUUGAACUGGCUGAGAUCAUGGAUCUCCGAGUCUAUCUUCGUAACGGUAUAGCAAGGUAAUUUGGAAACACUCCCCCCCCAAAAAAAAAAUUACCACCCUCUCC